AUGAGUGCAUUUGCGUACAAAGCACACUUGGCCGCUCGCUCUGCAGGUGGACACAAAAAGAAGUCCCAUCACCACGACAGUCCUCCACCAAAGCACAUUGAAGAACCUGUCUCACAAACCUUCCAUCCUCCUGUGUUGGCAAGAGCUCACGCUCACCAGUUCAUUCACUCUCUGGGGGGUGAUUCAAACACUAUUGCGCCUCACGCAGUUGCGGAUCCUCCUGUAUCUAAUAACUUUGCUGGUCAGGGCGCUUACCGGGCCCGGAUCUUCGAACGAGCUCAGCAGUGCCACAGUUCUCGAAUAUCGCCUCCUAUUACUAGGAGCUGGUCCUCAACUCUUCGCCAUUUGAGCCAUGGUGUACCUAUACGGCUUGGUGGAUCCAAUGCCCUCUGUUUCGUUUCUGUCUCUGUCAUGUUUGGAAGCGCAUACGUCAAUGAGGCAGGUCUCCUAAUACUAGGAGCUGGUCUUUACUGUUCGCCAUCCGAGUUAUGGAUGUACUAUGUCGAUGAGGCAGGUCUUUUAGGAGCUGGUCUUCAUUCGUCGAGCAUGUUCGAUACUAUGGUGACGUCCAUAUGUAUGAAUAUGCAAUUGGGAUUGCUGCGUGCAAGCAACCGAUUCGAUGUGCGGUAUCCGGAAUGUGCCACUGAUGGUCCCUAG